CUCUGUCACUCAACCAACUGUCUAAUUCUCUCCGGUGGAUCCAGCGUCUGCACUUCCAAGUACUUUGUCCGAAGAUCCAAAGAUCUUGGAUCUUUGAACCCCAUAAGAAACUGCUCCUCUUGUGUGGAUACAAACAUUUUUUAUAAACAACAUUUUUUUUAUAAGGGAUUGCAAGAUGGUAGCUUUACGUAGCUGGCUGUUGGGGCUUAUCGUAGCUCUUCUUUGCACUGGACCGUACAGGGAUUCUGUACAGGCUGAAGAACAACUGCAAAGUAAGGAAGCCGAGGUGCUGAGGGGUCUGGACCCUACUGGAGGUGAGAAAGAGGAGGUGGCUGAUGAGGAGGAGGGUGGAAAUGUAUCUGAAGAAGCAGAUGGGGAAGCAGAGGGAGCUGAAGACGAGGACGAUGGAGAGGAAGCUUCUGAGGAAGAGGUGACAGCGGAUGAGGAAGAAGAAGCUGAAGAAGCAGAGGAAGAUGAGGCAGAAGGAGUAGAAGAGGAAGAAGAGGAGGAAAACACAGAGGAAGAGGUAGAAGAAGAAGAGGAGGAAGAGGAAGAUGUAGAGGACGGAUUAGCAGAAGAAGAGGAAUCAUCGGAGGAGGAAGAGGAAGAUGAGAAAAGGGAAGCUGAUGAUGAUGAUGAUGAAGGUAAUGAGGAGGCCAGAGAUGAAGGUGAAGAUGAAGAGACCAUAGAUGAAGAUAAUGCUGAAGAAACUACCAAUGAGGAAAAUGUAGAGGCAGAAGAGUCGGCCUCCCUGGAGGAUGUACAGUAUAGCUCAGGCUCAUUUUGUGCUCUUUGCUCAGUGUGUGAGCACUGCGGUACCUGUGACAAAUGUCCCUGUGAGGAUGGAGACACGUCAGCACACUGCAGUCACUGUGAAUAUUGUUCCUACUGCUACAUUUGUCCUGUGAUCUGUGAAACAGUCUGCCAGCCAGGUGGAGUUCUUGAUGUAUUGAGUGGUUCUCUCUACCAGACGGUGAACACGUUGCUCUGAAUACGUUCUGCAUUCUUUACAACGCCAUCUUUUGAUGAACAGAGGAACUACAGACCAGCGUGCAAAUCAUUCACUUGUAGGCCUGGCUAUUUGACUGCCGAGAUCUGGGAAUUUUCACUCUGAGGCCAGCAAUAAGGGUGGACAACUUAUCUUAAAUAUAAAUGAGGAACUGCCAGAACUCUAAUGUUUACCAUUACAUGGCACUUUUAAGGUGACUUCACAGGCUGCAAUAAGUGAAUAACAAUUAAAUAUGAUUAAAUGCAAGUAUAAUAUUUUACAAUAUUACUGUUUUUUGACUGUAUUUUUGAAUAAAUAAAUGCAGUCUUUGUGAAAAUAAGACUCCUCUUUUAAAAACAUAAAAAUACUCCUAAAAUGUA